AUGACUUUGCAUCGUCUUAUCUUCACCCAACAAAAAAUUCGAGUACAACAAAAUUUGCGAUUAGUGUCGUCUUCCAGAAGAACCUCUUCCAGAUCUUCCAUGGCUCAAGAGUUUCAGGUUCCAGUUCCUUGGGGCGUUAUUGCAGGCAAGGAAUGGGGAGAUCCGAAUGGGAAACCAUGGAUUGUGCUUCAUGGCUGGUUGGACAAUUGCGGGUCUUUUGACACUCUGGCACCAAUAUUUCCCAAGGAUCAUCGUUUACUCUGUAUUGAUUAUCCCGGCCACGGUUUCUCGUCGCCGGUUCCCGAUGGUUUUAGUUAUCACUUUCUGGACGGGCUUCAGCAUAUUCGAAGAGUGGCGAAGCACUUCGAGUUGUCCAAAUUUUCUUUGAUGGGACAUUCCAUGGGAGGAGGGAUCUCGGCUUUAUUUUCGGCCACAUUUCCGGAAAUGGUGGAACGCCUCAUUCUCGUCGACUCAGUUAAACCCGUUACUAGACCUAGAGAUAGAAUCAUUGAUCGCACUAAAGCCUCGAUUGACGAGUUGUUGGCCUUUGAAGCGAAAAUGAACUCCGGGAGAGCGCCUUUGUACACCUACGAUCAAGCUAAAGAGAGGUUGAUUCAAGGCUCCUUCCAGCUGCAUGGGAAAGAGGUGAUCACCGACGAAUCUGCGGAUAUCCUUUUAAAACGAGGCUUGAAAAGGGUUCGAGAAGGCCCAGAUAAUGAGGCAUGCUUCACUUUCACCCGAGACAUUCGCCAUAGGGUGACCAGUCUUUACAGUCUGACGCAAGAAGUGAUUGAAGACUUUGCAUCCAGGAUCAAGGGUCCUUUCCUUUUGAUCAAGGCCACAGGUGGCAAAGGUUAUGAAGACCCUCAAAACCUGACUGAUGUGAUCGCCAAGUAUAAGAGCAAUCCGGAUUUUGUUUACACUGAAGUCGAAGGCACACAUCACGUGCAUUUAAAUGAGCCUCAAAAAGUAAUGGCAGAUAUUCAUUUGUUCUUGGAGCGAUAUCCCGGACAAUCCAUCGGUCACUCCGCUGGUAGUAAAAUAUAGUUACCAAUCGAAAAUCGUUUCCCCACUUUAGGCGAAGGAGUUGUUAACAAUGCUAAUGUUAUGUAUAUUUUUACCCGGCGACAAAUAUAAAUUGAAAAGCUUGCACCGCCCA